ACUAUUACUCUAUCACCACAACUCGCAAAGAUAGCGUGCUGGCAGCGUCCAAACGCUAUUGCCCCUCAAGCCCCAAGCACAUAUCUUCCCGACACAGAUAGCGCUAAUUCAACAAGCCCUAGGCGAGCCUCCAAGAGGCUCGCGACGAAGCGAGCCCAUUUUAACGUGCAUUUUAGUAUGACGCAGCAGAGCGUGGAGAAGUCAGGAAAGUCUGCAACCAAUGGCUUGCAGAUUGUAGACGAGUUUCAGGAUGAUGACGAGUAUGAGGAGGAGGAGGAUGCCGGUGGAGAUGAGCGCCCCGGCGAGGAGAAUGGCCCUGACUCCGCCAAGGCCGGCAAACUAGCGGGCUGGUUCAAGUCACUUUUCAAGAAGGACAAGGCGGGCAAGCCAUCAAGCAAGCGCAGUUCUGCAUCCAGCUCGCGCAACGCGUCGACAACCCAACAUGCCCCUCAAAAGGCGCCCUCGCCCGCCCCCUCGAAGCCCUUGUCGCCAUCUGGCGACGCACUGAAGAGCCCGACACCCCCAGCACAUCCUCCACCACCUGCGAGCUUCCGCAGCAAGAGUCAGCACUCACUGGCGCACGCCUCGCCGAACGGCACAUCAGCGACCUCACCGCGUUUCGCGCCGGGCAAGGUUUCUCCCACGGGCGAGCCGCAGGAGCCUAGCACUCCGACUGCCAAUGGAGCUCCAGCGGCCGGCGGAGACGCAGUGCUGGUGUCGCCGGCCUCACGCAGCAAGUCCAUGUCGCUCAAGUCAGAGCUCAACCGGCUGCGCCAAUCGCCACUGCAGCACUCCAAGUCGUUCACGGAGCUAUCUCAAAAAGCCAGGAUCAUCCCCAAGCGCGGCAAUGAGGUGCUCAUCGUGUCGCCCACGGUGCCGCCGCGGAUGCAGCGCGCGGAGUGGUCGCUCCGUGACUAUGCGGUGGUCGAGAAGAUGUACAAGGGCUACGCCUCCAGCGUGUACAAGGCGUUCUGCAAGCGCUCCGGCGAGCUGGUGUGCCUCAAGGCGUACGACAUGGCGGCGCUGUGCGAGCUGAACAGGUUCCAGAUCUACCGCGAGGUGCAGCUUCACGGCAAGCUGGCGCACGGCAAUGUGAUCGGGCUGUACGGCGCCUUCCAGGUGGACAGCCAGGUGGUGAUGGUGCAGGAGUUCGCGGACGGCGGCGACCUGUUUACGCUGCUGCACAGGUACGGCGGUCGCAUGCCUGAGCGCCAGGCCGUGGAGAUGGUGCUGCAGCCCUGCCUCAAAGUGCUGCUGUACCUGCACGAGCAGGGCAUUCUGCACCGCGACCUGAAGCCGGAGAACAUCCUGUUCACGCGCAACAUGACCUUCAAGCUGUGCGACUUCGGCCUGGCCAUCGACCUGCGGGACGAGCGGGCCGUCACGCGCGCCGGGACACUGGAGUACAUGGCGCCCGAGGUGCUGGAGUGCCCCUUCAAGAGCCGGCCCAUUGACAACAAGGACAACGAGCGACUGCACUACACCGCCGCCGUGGACUCCUGGGCGGUGGGCGUGCUGGCCUACGAGCUGCUGGUGGGGCGGCCGCCCUUCGAGGCGCCGGAGCGGGAGGGCGUGGAGGACUGCAUCCGCAAGCAGGUGCCGCGCUACCCGUUCGGCCUGUCGGAGCUGGCGCGCGGCUUCAUCGCCACAGCGCUGCAGAAGGACCCGGAGCUGCGCCCCACCAUGCAGGAGAUGCUGGCGCACCCCUUCAUCUCAGGCGGCAAGCCCGCGCCCGCGCCCGCGCCGCGGCCCGCCACCGUCGUCGCCUCCGCCGUUGCCGCCGCCCACCACCACCACCCGCACCCGCAGCAGCAGCUGCGCGCCGCCGGCUCGGCCAUCAACGCCGCGGCGGCGGCGUCCGCCGUGGCGCAAGUCACCAGCCCCGGCGGCGGCCACGCGCUGCCCGCCGUGACGCCCAAGGGCGGCGCCGCCAAGGCGGCGAGCCGCGCCAUUGCGGCGGCGGGCGGCAUGGAUGACGACGACCUAGGAGUGGGUGCCCUGGCCAACCGCAUGAAGAGCUACACGGCCGGCAAGGCCAUCGCCAUCAGCCACCAGGCGCUCCAGGCCAACCGCCACGUGCACCUGCCGCACGUGGAGCACGACAACACAACCCGCGCCGCCGCCGCCAGCGCCGCCGCCGCCGCCGGCCCCAGCGGCGCGCACGGCAGUGCCGGCGGCGGCGGCGGCCCGCACGCGCCCGGCUCCAUCCACCGCGACCGGCCGAUUUCGCCGCUGGCGGCUGAGGCGAUGCAGCAGCAGGGCGGCGGAGGUGGCGCGCCCAAACUGGCGGCGCUGAACCCCAAGCUGGCGGCGACGCUGGGCGUGGGCGCGGCGGCGGGCCUGGUGGGGCGCACGGCCAGUGUGUCUCGCAUCAUGUGAGGCGCGGGCGCAUGAGGCAUGAGUUCCAGUGCUGUGCGCGCGGAGCAGCGCGGAGCAGCGUAUGCGGGAUUGGUCGGCAGGCGUCCGGGUUGGUAAAGGCUGCAUGCGGUCUGUGCGGUGUAGUUAAUGGGAUGGGUGAGUACGGAUAUAUUUGCAAGGAAGAAGCGCGCUAGCGCGGCUGCAGGUGUGAACGAGUACAGGCUGGUGCAGGCACUGCGUCCGGGCGAAGGGGAAGACGGUAGUGGGGUGCCGCGCUGCAUGCGGCGCCGAGGGAUCUUGCGGCGUGGCGCUAGAAAGCGCCUUACUUGGCACUCGUGUCUUGUUACGUGUCGUUGCGAUAUCGUGAUGCAGUGUGUUGAACAGCAGGAAGCAAUGCCUGUGCUGUGAGGGGCAGGCACUGGUGUGAAGUCCGUGAUCCGCCAUAGAUUUGGCACACAGGAAGAGGUGCGAAGUAGGCGAGCUGGCAGGGUGGCCAGAGCCGGGUCCUGGCAGGCACCAUCGAUGAUAGAAGUAUGAUCAUUUAGCGGCACACGGCAGUUGUGCGCUGUGCGGCGGGGGAUCGGCAAUCGCGCGCUUCAGUGGUGAGAGGGGGUGCGCUUGGAAGCGCGUGGGGGCACUUCCCCCGAGAACUGGGCGUGGGUAUGUGCCAAGAACUCUAUUCAUUCCGUGACGCGUUUUCUCGGCAACAGUAGCUGCAUGCAGUACCUGCUCGUUGGUUUCUAGCGACCAUGCGUUUGACACUUGAGUCUUAUGAGGCAGCACGCACUCUUGCUACACUAGCUGCUGCGGGGGGUUGUGAGCGCUGGCUGGCACUGGGGGACGGAGUAACGGAUGGCGGGUCUGGUCAGUGGACGCGUGCGUGUGGUAAACGCGUUAGCCCAGUCCCGCCGCUUGCCGGGCGGGCUGGGCUGGCGCGGGUUCCAGACUGAGGCUGUUCACUUAAUCCAGCGGUGAUGUACGUGACCCCGUAAGUCUAUAAGAUUACGCCAACGCAUGGAGAUACAGUUGUGGGUCUGUAGCGUGUUUAGUGGGUAUGCUCGACUUAGAACGUUUGAUGUGUGCCCUCUCGCACGGAUCAACGAGCAAUUCAACAGACUGUUUGCAUUUCGUCUUUCGACUGAGGUGGUGCAAGCUGCGUCCAGGCGCGUAGCUUUGGGGGCGCACAGCUAGGUUGCAAGUCAGGACAAGGAUGUACUGCGUUGAAGAACGCUUGCCGUCGUGCGCGGCACUUGAAGACGUAGAACGCACGCAAACGCCCAACUCAAAUGUAAUG